AUGACUAGUAUCGAUGCGGCAUUCGCUGAACAAGGCACUGGGCCAUACAGUCUGGCCUUAAAGGUCAAGAUUGUUGCAGUGAAGCUAGCAGAAGUAUACUGGAAGGAUGGGGAAGAGAAGAGAGUGAUGCUCUUUGCCAUGAGUGACGGCAACACCACUGCAAAAGGGAUCUGCUAUGACGCAGCAAAGUUUUGCAAUGUGCAGGUGGGCAACACUUUGAUUGUGCGUAACACCAUUCGCAGAACCGAGGAUGAGGGAAGAGUGCUGAUAUUGACGAGCGCGUCAAAGGUGCUCAUGUCGGCACCUCUACAGGUUCCUCCACCACAUGUGCAGGAUGGUGAGAGGCUCCUCAAUCCACCACCGGAAGACGAACCGAGAGAGGUGCCGGUACAGGCUGGAAUGGUCCCCAUAAAGACCAUCACUGUCCAGGAUGACAGUUCAAAGACGCAGGUCACUCUUUGGCGUGAUGCAGUACAAUCAGACGUAAGGCCUGGUGACCACGUGACGAUCACCGAUCUGAUCGUCAACAGUUACAAAAAUGUCCUGUCACUCUCCACAACUACGAGGUCCAAAAUCCAAAAAACGGAUGCUACCCUUGUACAAUCGAUUGUCUCUGUGGAGGCAAUUGGUGUGAGCGACGGAGUGGCAGAAUGUUUGUGUGAGACCGGGGAAAUCAUAAACAUGCCUGCCGAACUUCUCCAGCAGGCAUUAGAGGAGGAUGGACUGCUCAUGCCUGACAUCGAGAUUGCCUCUGCAACUGGACCAAUUAACCUGCAGUUGGUCUCCAAGAGCUCAGAAGUCGUGAGCGUCAUAACAUUGUAG